GUAUUCUCAUUAUUCUGUGUACAGUCACGUCACACAUACUCUUUACUUGAAUACGUACACAGCGCACGUCUUUCUCAUCCAGAUCAUUCAUACUACAUGUAUGAAAAUGCUCACCACGACCAUCUUGUUCGUGUUUUUAGCCACAGCAGUCGCACAAGAUCAUGAUGUUCGCCUAUCGAAUGUCGGCGGCAAACAGGGCCGAGUCGAGGUCCUGAACAACGGUCAAUGGGGCACUGUCUGCAGGGAUGGUUGGGGCUUCUUUGACGCCUUGGUGGUAUGCAAGCAACUCGGAUUCCCAUGGCUUGCCAAGUACGGAUGGAAGCAUGAUGCAGGCAACGGGACGGGACCGGUCUGGCUGAGUAACGUAAGGUGUAAGGGGUCGGAGACCAGACUGGACGAGUGCGCAAACGACGGAUGGAUGGAGCACCAGUGUGCGGAUGCCGGUCAUGCCGCUGCAGUGAAGUGCUUGGACCAGGACGAAUGGAAAGAUCCUGAUUCCAUUGGCGACGUGCAUUUAAGCGGCGGCAGCAUAAUUCCCGAUAGCGAGGGGCUAGCACUGCUCAAACUUGAUGUCGUCAAAUAUGACAAUUAUCGUUUUAUGGUGUGCGACCACGGCUGGGAUAUCGCCGACGCUGAUGUUAUCUGCCGCCAGAAAGGCUUCCACUCGGCACACCGCGCCAUCACUGGAUCCUACUUCGCAAAACCGACCCCCACGUCAGUUGCCACUUACGAAUCGUAUCUGGCCACCGACUUUGCCUGUACUGGUAAUGAGAGCCACAUCCUUCAGUGUCCCGCCAAGGCUUGGUUCCAGGAUGAAUGUCCGACUGGGAACCAGGCCGGAGUCAUCUGUAAUAAAAUCAAAGAGCCCGACGAUUUCCAGGUACGACUAGUGAAUGGUACCAACCCCAAUGAGGGCCGUCUGGAGGUCCACCUCAACGGGACCUGGGGUAGUGUCUGUCAAGAGAAGGAUAAUUACAACUUCGCCUGGCGAGGGAGUAAUGUGAUCUGCAAGCAGCUGGGGCUUGGCUACGGUCUUGACACACCCUCCGACGGCCGCUUCGGCCGGGGUUCCGGACCCGUGAUGAUGGGCGACUAUAUCAGUUGUGCCGGAGGCGAAUCGUCGCUUGUACAGUGUUACACUGGUUUCAAGGAGCCAGAUAAGGACUGCUUGAGCGAGUCGGACACUUACGAAGUGAACGUCAUUUGCAGCGGUCCAAUUCCAGAGUCCCGCCACCCUGCGAGACUUUUAAGUAAUUUGGAGAAGGAGAUUGGCACCGUGUUAAUCUAUCACGACGGUCGUUGGGGAGCUGUUUGUUCAGAGGGCUGGACUGAGGCAAACUCCGAGGUCGUCUGCAGAGAGCUUGGAUUCGGACCGCCGUUAUCGACAGUAACCUAUAUGGAUAGUGGACCGAUGUUUCUAAGUGGUGUGUCUUGUAAGGGAGACGAGGAGACCUUGGACCAGUGCGAUCGGGGAGAAUGGUACCAACACGACUGCACUGAUUCAAUGUACGUUCUCCUUUUGUGCGCCGUGGCUGGAGCUAGCUCCGUAGUUCAGUCUUCCAUCAGUGUCCUGCUCGUCAGCUUGUUGGUAUUAACCUGCUUGAAAUAAAGCGUGAAAAAGUAAACGUUCGAAGGGACAAAUUUAAUGUAGCUGUAGGAAUUGUAUUAGAUCAUAAGCAACAUUUAACCAUAACUUGUAUCAUAUUUUACCAUAAGGGCGUCCCUUUUUAUAUCUAUGGUUCUAAUUUCCUUAUUUUUUGCUUUCCUUAUAUUUAAUCAGGCCCUUUCUCUGAUCCCACCCCCAGCGUAUAUAGGAUACAUAUACAUAGGGUGGAAAGAUAACUUGAUUGAUCACUUGCUUCACACGAUGGAAUAAUUAUUCAAAUUAAUAUCCCAAUAAAAAAAUAAUAACUAUCAGAUCAUCCACCGCACACUUUCAGUCCGAAUAUUAAACUGUAAACCAGGUUUACAUAUCCUUGAUAAUAAUAAUGGUCCACAAUCACAGAUUAUCCGUCUUUUAUAUAUUAUUCUUAUAUAAGAAUAAGUAAAAACGGCACACCAGUAGCUCCUGACGGCCAUAUCGGUAAGAGGCCAAGGCGUCUGUAUCUGGGGAAAGAUCACCCAGCGAUGUUUUCCUCUACCAUUCAUAAAAUAAAUAGUUAGUCUUUGGUUGCAUUUCUCAUGUUUUUCUUUCAUCGAAACCAUAGUGGGGUAUAAUUAGGCCGCUAAUGUCCCAACACACACUCAAAGGCUAGAAGGAGGCUCUGCAUGCAGUGUGUAAAGUGAACUACAGCUUUGUGUGAAAGCUGGUUGGGUGUGAACGAUGACAAAAGGAAUGACGAUGCAAAUGAAAUUGGUGUCAAUUAGCAGUCAAGUGUGAGAAAUAUACCUAAACCACUGCAUUAAGUGUCGCCAGUUCACUUUAUACAAGAAAGUAACUCAUAAACCUGGUAUUUUUUUUUGGAAGGCGGCUUAUAGCUUUUGGAAGGGAGACGAACUCGUACCCCAAGCAAAAUGCUUGUUGUUUGGCGGAUAAUCGUAUAUGACGUCUGAUUGCAUUGCAUAUAGCGGAUGUCGAAAGAGGCACUAUGCCAUUCCGUUUGCAAAAACAUGAAUGUGUUUACACUCAAUGAACAUGUGUAAACUAUACUGAAAUGUUACAUUGGAAAUAAGGUUGUUAAUAUAAUUUCAUAAUUAGCAACAGCUUCAAUUAGCGUUAUUUUUUAACUAAAUCAAUAGAAAAACAGUUGAGGUGGGCACUAUUAUCCGACGAGAGGUAAAUAUUGCAUCAAGUUAUUAUUUCAAGUUGGACACCAAACGAACAAACUAAUUACAGAUUUUGGUUUUGGUACCAAGGCAUACCUAAAAUUACCCAGUCUUGGUGGUAAAAUAAUUAGCUUUUAAGUGGAAGGCCAUAUAGUAAGUGAUAUAAUAAAUAGAUUUCCACACUUGUGUAAUAAUGUGUGAAAACAGUGCGGUAUGUGAAUAUUAUAAUACACACUCUUAUCCUGUCAGAUUGGACCCGGAAUCCAGGUCAUAUUUCACCUUUUACUUUUCAAUGUGAAAAUUACACUUUUCUCGGUCAAAAAGACACACUUUUGCCAAGGUUUCCUGGUCAAAAUGAACCGGAAAGUUAUCUGGAGAAAUGUCAUUGAUUUUUACCCGUAAAGAUGACAUUCUGACCAUGGAAAGUAUCAGGUCAUAUUUGGCCCAGAUUGCCGCUCAAAUCUGGCCGGGACGUAUAGUUGAAUGUGAUGGGUUUUCCUUAAAGAUGCUAAGCCUUGUCUUCUUUCAUGUGCGUUCCCAGUGGUAUUUUCGACUUUCAUCUCGAAAAAUAGAUUCCUUUUCUUAAUUGCUAUUUUUUUCUAGCAAUACAAAAUCUAUUCACUUUUGAAUGAGACAUCGACGGAAAAAAAUCGGUCAAUGUUUAGUUAUUUUAACUUAUUUAACAUUACUUUACUAUUUGGAAUUUUUGGCUGCCGGACAAUAGUUCCGUUCUCGCGGGGUAGGCUGAUUAAUGUACGGACCAGGGGUCAGUCUGCUCGAAAGGCGAAUCUGCAUGUUCAAUUUGUUUCCAAAACAAACACAAAUACAACCUUUUUCAGAGGGUUGAAGAAGUCCAACAAAAGGGGGAAGGAGCCUUGUUUUUUUGGAACGUGGGAAUAAAACAAAAAACAUACAAGUUGAACAUGUAUUACUAGAAAUAAGAUCGAAUUUGUUGAAGAGCAUUGGGAACACAACUUAAAUAUCAAUGUGGUUCUUAUAAUCUAUUUUUUACGAAUGUUAAAUUUUAAAACGUCAAACGCAGUGUUUCUAAGCAUCGGGCAGAGUUGAAUAUGCUUCCAUUUGCAGGGACAUUCGAUUAGUCUUCUUGUGUUUGUAUAUUUUCGGUCUGAAAUUUGUAAUUUGUGAUUUAUAACAUUUUAGCAUCAUACGUAGCUGUUGAAACAUGCAGUUCCUUUUUUCUGCAAGUAAUUCCUAGUGUACAUUUGGAAGAUGUUCUUGGAAGACGGAAUAAAAUCACCACUGGUAUUGUGUAAAUUCCCUGAU